AUGGCGCCCAAAGCUUUUGGUAAGAGGCUGGGCUUCAAGAGAAGAAACACCGACCAAGAGCCCGUCACCGUGACCGAGCUGUCCCCAAUUGAAGGCAGUGGUGAGGGUUCUGGCAGCAGGCCCAUCGUCGCCGGUCAUGGAGAUGCAACUGGAGUCAUCGAUGAGGUCGUUCGCGAUAUCAGCGAAACAGAGGCAAACCAUCGCCUUGCUGCCUUUCGCCAGGACCACAAGUGGGACCCCAACAUGCCGGAAGAGACCAUUGAUAUGGUUGACGACGUCACUGGUGCCCACGACCACAAAGGCGAGGCGCAGCUCGUGGGAGAAGUGAUUGAGAACUCGCCGUACCCUGAAGUCCGCGCUGUGGUUCGAAACUAUGAUGAAGAUGUGCCGGCUGGUACCCUUCGAGCAUGGGUCCUUGGUCUCCUCAUGACCACUAUUUGCUCGGCAGUCAACGCCCUCUUCCUGCUACGCUACCCUAUUAUCUUCAUUGGUCCUUAUGUCGUGCUUCUGCUCGCGUACCCCCUUGGUAUUGGUGCCGCGAAAUUUCUCCCUAACAAGGAAUUCAAGAUAUUCGGAAGGACGGCUAAUCUCAACCCCGGACCCUUCAACACUAAGGAGCAUGUCAUUAUUGUUGCCAUGGCAAACGCUGCCUUUGGAGGUGGUGCUGGUUACUUUCUCGACACCGUGGUUUCGCUCCGAAAGUUUUACAAGUUCGAUACCAGCCAGUUCGGAUGGGGCUUCAACAUCCUCUUCGCCUUGUCCACGCAAUGUCUAGGUUUUGGCCUAGCGGGUUCCGUCAGAAAGUUCCUUGUCGAGCCUGCAGCCAUGAUCUGGCCGGGCGCUCUGGUCAACGUCGGUUUCAUGUAUGCCCUGCACGAUCACAGCCCGAGUGACCCGGCCAAGACCAAUGGCUGGUCCAUCUCCCGUUACAGAAUGUUCAUGAUUGUCAUGGCAUGUUCCUUUGUCUGGCACUGGUUCCCGGAUUACAUCAUUCCCGCGUUCAGUUACUUUGCCUGGGUCACCUGGAUCAAGCCCGACAAUGUUAUCGUGAACCAGCUGUUUGGACAGACCACUGGUAUCUCACUUGGAUUCCCAUUCACCGGUUUCACUCUCGAUUGGGCCCAGAUCAACGGAUUCUAUAACAGUCCUUUGAUUAGCCCUUGGCACGCGCAUGCCAAUACCGCUUUUGGUAUCAUUAUGUUCGUCUGGAUUGUGAUCCCAGCUCUUCAUUAUUCGGGUGUCUGGUACGCCGAUUACCUUCCGAUCCUACAGAACAGCAUCCUCGACAACACCGGUGCCGUGUACAACACCUCGAGGAUUCUCACUCCCGAACAUGUCGUGGACCCCGCCGCAUAUGAAGCAUAUUCCCCGCUCUUCCUUUCCACCUCCUUUGCGCUCUCCUACGGCAUGAAUUUCGCGUCCAUCGCUGCCCUCAUCAGCCAGACCUAUCUGUUCCACGGUCCCGAGAUCUGGCGCCGCUGGAAAGCAUCCCGGGGCGAGCUCGAUGACAUUCACAUGAAGAUCAUGCGCAAGUACAAGCUGGUACCUACCUGGUGGUACUUGGCGCUCUUGGCUCUCAUGGUCGUGUUCGCUUUCGUCUCGGCUCUCUGCUACCCGACUAACAUGGCCUGGUACUCCGUCAUUUUAUCCCUAGUCAUUGCAGCCACAUGGACAAUCCCCAUCGGUAUUAUCCAAGCUUUCACCAACAUCCAGCUCGGCCUCAAUGUCUUCACCGAAUUCAUUAUCGGAUACGUACAACCCGGUCACCCAAUUGCCAUGAUGAUGUUCAAGACCUUUGGCUACAUCGUCAUGACUCAGGCGCUGUACUUCUGCCAGGAUUUGAAGCUCGGCCAUUACAUGCACGUUCCCCAGCGUUCACUCUUCUCCGCCCAGUUAGUCGCAACGGUAUGGUCAUGUCUCUGCCAGCUUGCCACCGUACAAUGGGCCAUGGGUGCUAUCAAGAACGUCUGCACUGCCGAGGCUACCGGCUUCUUCACCUGCGCCUACGUCAAGACCUUCUACAACGCCAGUGUCAUCUGGGGUGCCAUCGGCCCCAAGCAUCUUUUCUCCGGCGAUGCAGUCUACAAGAACUUGCAGUACUUCUGGCUCGUGGGCAUUGCCGCUCCGUUCCUGGUCUACGGCCUAGCUCGCAUGUUCCCCAGGAUAUCUUGGAUCCGCAAGGCGAGCAUGCCUCUCAUCUUCGGCUGCAUGGGAUAUGUUCCCCCGUACUCUUCCAUGAACAUCCUCGCUUGGUGCCUCUUUGGUUACGUGUUCAACAAGUACAUCCGUCAAAGGUAUCUUGGUUGGUGGAUGCAGUACAACUACAUCACCUCGGCUGCCCUCGACGUUGGUCUCGCCCUCUGUGCUAUCAUCCUGUUCUUCUGCGUCCAGCUCCCUGGCGGCACCAUGCCCGAUUACUGGGGAACAACGAUUAUCGGCAGGACUGUCGAUGGCGCCGGCACUGCGGUCCGAAACGUUGUUGCGGAUGGAGAAACCUUCGGUCCAAAGAAUUGGAAGUGGUAA